UGUUGUUUUUGCUUGUAUUUUGUAGCUGUGGAUCAGUAUCCGGUGAUACCAGGGUGUCUGGUCCCGGAGUAAAGACACAUCAUGUACCAAUGAUCGUGUAUGGAUCCCUCAUGUAGUGAAGGCUGUUGUCGAUUAAGGAAUGGAGGUGGUGGACAGUCCUCUUAACCUCGCCCAUCAACAGUGCAGGAAAGCAGACCGCUUGCUGGCCGCAGGGAAAUUUGAAGAUGCCAUCUCCUGCCACAGAAAAGCUGCAGAACUUCUCAAGGAGGCCAUGACGCUCACAGAGUGUGAACAGGCUCGCUUGUCUCUGGAGCUUCAGAGGGACAGUCACGUAAAGCAGCAGAGGCUGAUCGAGGAGCGAUGGAAGCGAGCAAGAAGAGAGGACAAGCCCAGAACCCUCCAGCAUGUCCCCUCCUCAGACCAGCCCCUUCGCCGCCACCCCCAUCCAGGCGCAACGGCUCUAGACAUCUCCCAAGCAUCUGAACGUGAGUACGACACAUGGCUGUACCUCCUGAAGAACAAAGGCACCGCCCCAGAGCCCUGCCCGGGCAGUAAAGCACAGAAAGACGACAAAACUCGUCUGGAAGAGCAGCAGACCACCAUUAACGACCUGCGCAAACUGGUGGACCGUCUGGUGUCCGAGAACGAGCAUCUUAAACAGGAGAAUGAGAAUUUGCGGGCAGAGAACACGAGGCUGAAGAAGGAGCCCUACGUCGAUGCAGACUUCGUGGACAGAUCGGAGCUAUGGGUGCUUCCGCAGCCGGGUGAGGAGCGCAAGGCAAAGAACAUUCCCAUCCCCCAACUCCCCCCACUAGAGAUGCCCACUCAGGAAAUCCCUCUGGAAGACCUUCCCGGCCUGGAGCUUCCUGAAGACAUCAAGCAAGAGCUGCAGGAGUUGCUGGAUGGGGAGAAGCUGUGAUGGAUUGUUCUCAAAACAUGCACCAAAGGGAGACUUCGUAUGCCAUAACGUGCCAGUGAACACGCAUUAGAUGCAUUCGCCAAACUGAACGCGGCUUUUGGUGAAGCAGCUCAGCGGCAUAAAUGACGGUUUACACAGCCGCCUGCACGUUGGGUUCACUCCUCUUCUCAGUGGCGCCCUCUACGUACCGUAGCUAUUGGAUAUAAAGUAAAAACAAAGAAAACAACUUUUUGAAGUAAUUGUGCCUUUUUGAACAUUUCUUACAUGUUUUUGUUAUGAAUUUUGAAAAGGGAGACAAACAGACUCUCUGUGGGACACUACGUUAUCGUCUUUACGUACAGAUAGUAUCCACAUCUGACCUUUAUCUGCAGGUGAUUUUGCCUCUUUCAAAACCCCUCUUUGAACUAAAAAAAUCUAUUUCCCACACGCACACACACAAGGGGCAGUGAACACUGUGAACUACAUCCACACUGUGUGUGUGUGUGUGUGUGUGUGUAUGUGUUUUGUGCAGUACCCUAACUUGUUGAUUAGCACUAUUGAUGUUGAUUUGAGGUUUGUUGUGGAAAAGUUGAAAAUGCAGCUUCAGUUGUCUAUAUCAACACCACAGAUUUUGGGCAUAGAAGAAAGCCAAGAGCAAUUAGUUAUGCAUUGUGUUUCCGUACACAGAUAACCAGCUUGCAGCAGUACACACUUGUUUUGCCUUAUUGCAAAAGUAUAGAUUAAUAUGAAGCCUGGGCCUGAUGUCUUCACUACCAGAUUUUCACCCUGGAAAAUUCUUUACACAGUGGCUUUGUACAGUAGCAGCCGUGAACUAUAGAAUACUAUUUUAUUAUUUAUAUAGGGUAAGGGACUUUAAGAAUGAACAAACCAUUUCAUUUGAGAUGUGUCAAAGAGAGUAUAAAGUAUAAGCAAUAAUCAUGUUUAGUGCUACUGUAACACUUCACAGAAAUGGUUGUUUUUUCCUUUUUUAUUUGCUAUCUCUGCUGACUGUCUUUGAUGUUUUGUCCUAUAAAUUCUUGCUCAGCUCUGUCAUUCUGUCGCUGCACUUCAGCAAAAUCUUAGAUCCAAUGGCAACAUAACAUAAAUGGAGGUAUCCAUGAGCCUUCAUUCUUUUUCUAGAUCAGGACCUAUGUGGACCUCUCGACGAACUAAAAAAAUAUGUUGUUGGUGUUUUUUUCCAAGCUUAAUUUGUACUGUAAUUAGUCAUGAAAUGUUUGGAUCACAAUGUUAAUAUUUUCAGGUAACAUUGCACAAUCAUACCGUGUCUAACAAUAAACCAGGUUCAAUCCUCGUACUAAUCACAAGCGUACUAACAUGUGCCACACGCACCUGGGAAGAGAAAGCUUUUUAAUGUGACACAGAAGUCUUUUGAAUUAUGGGGUUUUGGGUCAUGAAGAGGGAACCAAGUUUGCAUUUUUGCUUUCUUGUUUUAUUAUUUUUUUAUUAUUAUUAUUAUUUCAAUGUUUAAUUACUUGUUUACCACAGUAAUCAGGGUGCAUCAGAUUUGUUUUCUUAAUUUUACAUUUUUUGUGUGACGUGAAAAUCAGCAGAAAUCAUGUGGCGAAAGGGUUUUGUUGCAUGAAUGACAGUUCUAGCUGUAAGUAUAUGAUUAAGAUAUUAAAAACAAGACUUUAUGUAUAAUUCUUUGUGAGUUUACUUGUUCUGACAAGCAUUAAAUAUUUUAACAAGUGGAGGCA